AUAGUUUUUUUUUUUAGAUGAGUAGAAAAAUUAUUUAUAAUUCCUUGAAUUUUAAAAGACCAUCUAUAAUAUGUAUGCGUUAUUUGUCUGGUGUUGCUCAGAUGCGGGAAAUUGUAGGCAAUCAACUUGCUGCUGUUAAAGAAUCUGGAACUUGGAAAUCAGAAAGAGUAAUAACUAGCAAACAAGGAGCUGUUAUUACUAUAAAAGGAAACCCAGAUAAAAUGUUAAACUUCUGUGCAAAUAAUUACUUAGGAUUGUCAUCGCAUCCUUCUGUAGUUGAAGCAUCUCGUGAAACUUUAUUAACACAUGGAGCUGGUCUCAGCUCUGUACGAUUCAUUUGUGGUACUCAAGAUAUACACAAAGAGCUUGAACGCAAAAUAUCUUCAUUUCAUCAAAGAGAAGAUGCAAUUUUAUAUAUAAGUUGUUUUGAUGCUAAUGCUGGUAUUUUUGAAACACUUUUAUCAUCUGAUGAUGCAAUAAUUAGUGAUGAGUUAAAUCAUGCUUCAAUAAUUGAUGGAAUCCGAUUGAGUAAGGCAAAACGUUAUCGAUACAAACACAGAGAUAUGAAAGAUCUUGAAGUGCAACUUAUUGCAGCUAGAGAAGCUGGUUCAAGAAUGAUUCUUAUUGCUACUGAUGGUGUAUUCAGCAUGGAUGGAACUGUUGCACCAUUGAAUCAGAUAUGCGACCUUGCAGAAAAGUACAGUGCAAUGACAUUUGUUGAUGAGUGCCAUGCUACUGGUUUUAUGGGAGCAACAGGGAGAGGUACAGAAGAAUAUUUGGGUAUCAAACAAAGAGUUGAUAUUAUUAACUCCACACUGGGAAAAGCACUUGGAGGGGCAGCAGGUGGUUACACAACAGGUCCAUCAGAGCUAAUUUCUUUGUUGCGUCAAAAGUCAAGACCCUACCUUUUUUCUAAUACACUACCUCCUCCUGUUGUUGCAUCAGCUGAUAAGGCUUUUGAAAUUCUACUGCAAGGCACUGAUCUACCUUCUAAAGUAUCUAAGAAUGCUCAGUUGUUUCGAAAAAGAAUGACUCAAGCUGGUUUUAAUGUCAUUGGAGACGAUCAUCCAAUAUGUCCAGUAAUGAUGCCAGACGAACGUACUGCAGUCCAGUUUGCUGACAAAAUGCUGACUCGAAAUAUUUAUGUCAUUGGAUUUACUUAUCCCGUUGUACCAAAAGGAAAAGCUCGAAUACGCGUUCAAAUGUCUGCGGCGCACUCAAUUGACGAUGUAAAUGCUUGUGUGGAUGCUUUUAUCGAUAUCGGGAAAUUUUUAAAGGUCAUUCAUUAAAAAAUUCUUAAAGUUUGAUAAAUUAGAACAAGAUUUUGUUAAAAAAAAAAAUUAAAUCAAAUUUGUGUUAAAUGUGCUAAUUUUUAUACAAAAAAAAAAAAGUUAAUUAUCACCAAAAACUGAAACUUAUUUUUGUUGACAUUAAUUCAAUAUAAAAAAAAAAUUGAAAUUCAUAGACUUUAUGUUAUCUCAUCUUAUGUUAUCUGUUAACUCAUAGACUUUAUGUUAUCUUUUCUUAUGUUAUCUGUUAACUCAUAGACUUUAUGUUAUCUCAUCUUAUAUUAUCUUUUAAUUCAUAGACUUUAAGUUAUCUUAUGUUAUCUGUUAACUCAUAGACUUGAUAUUAUCUUAUACUGAUACUGAUGUUAUCUGUAACUCAUAGACUUUAUGUUAUCUCAUCUUAUGUUACCUUUUAACUUAUAGACUUUAUCUCUAAAUUCUUACUAGUUUAUUCUUACUUAGUAUAUUUUUAAAUGUUUUUUAUCAAUGUAAUUGUUGUGCUUGUUUUUUUUUUUAUCGAAUUUUGAAUUGUUUUUUGUUUUUUUUAUUUAUAAUAUAUAAAUGAAAAAAAAAAAAAAAAUGAUAUAAAGAGUAAAUAAUUAUUUCUUUAAUUUUUAGAAUUAUAGAUUUCGAUUUAAAUAAUUUAGAUAAAUUAUAUUAUUUA